AUGGCGUAUCAAUCCCGAGAAUUGCUCCAGUUCAUCAAUCACACCACAGAGGAUGUGGAUUGCGAGUUUUCAGAAGAUGGGGACAUUGUUCUAUUGAGCGAAAACGGACAUGAUACGAACCAUAUAUUACCCGAGUCCAACCGAUGCCGAAAGCGUACGCACACUCAGGCGUUCCAACCAGAUGCAAACUCACCCGAGAUUGCUUGUUCCCCUGAGGGUGGAAGGGGUUCGAAGAAAAUGACUCGAGGCAAACAGAAAAUUCCCAUUGAAUUCAUUCACGAUCGGGCCCGUCGCUAUUCAACUUUUUCCAAAAGAAAAACCGGUCUCAUGAAAAAAGCAUCUGAAUUGGCACAGUUAACCGGCGCGCAGGUGUUACUGUUGAUUGCCUCGGAAACCAAGCACGUUUACACAUUCGCCACCGGACUUCUGAAAGAUAUUGUUAAUCUGGACUCCGGAAAGGAACUGAUAGAAACCUGUUUAAUGGGACCCCGCCGCAAUGCGGAAGACGAACCGACUGCGAAUAAGCAAUCUAAGAGCACUUCCGCAGUGGGUGUAGAAACUGAUGAUAACAUUGAAACACCGAAUUUCGCUACUGGGCUCACCGCUGAAGCGACUGAUCAGGGAAAUCAACAACCUGAACCUGUAUAUGGGCCGCUGAGUGAUCUUUCGGAACAUGAGCAGUUACCUUACAACACGAAUACAGAUGAUUAUGUAGCUACGGAUCUCCAUUCGUCCAGUGGUUUCAGUCCUGUCAGACAAGCGAAUUCCACAGGCGUUCAAAGUGCACCAGAUACUACGCGGUCUAGCCCAGCGACGGUGGCAAACGAUGUGAAUAAUGAUGACAGUCCGGAUAGGGACAAUGAGAAUGGGGAUUCUCCAUCUGCUUCGAGUAAUACCCCUGUCACUGAAAAAAAUCCGGAGAACAACUGUAUUAAUUCAAAAAGCAGCGCUUCCAAUCCAAUUACCAAUUCUUUGACCGGGAUUUUAAUUAAUAAUUCAACAACUAAUUCCAUAGACCCAGUUCAACUUGUUUUACUCUCCCAUCUCAAUCAAGCCCCGAUCAUUGUGAAGUCUGAUGCACCCGUUGUUUUAGGUGGAUGUACAGUCACUGAACCUACUGUGUCGAAUAUUGCCAAUACUUCAUUUUCGAAUGGAUCCAAUCAGCUCCGUUCACAAACUCCUGUUUGUGUCACUUCUACCUCAUGCACGGUCCCCCCUCUACAUCGAAGGACGUUGCUUCCAAAGAAGUUCGGUUGA